UUACGAUUGUCAAUGCCAAUCGGAUCUGAAAUGCUCGGCAUUUUCUUUUUACAGCUUGAAACUCAGGGCUUUUUGUUGAUUGCCAAAUGGAUAUCUCGACGCCACCUACGCCGACGAGGGCACCACGAGCAACGAGCACCGUUAUGCCCGCCGAUAGUGGCAUGGAAGACAUUCAGCGCCUGCUGAACCUGGAGGCGAGGUGCCGCUUUCAGGAGGACGCCCAAAAUGUUCAGCGUCAGGUGCAGGACAAGGCGCGCGACUGGCUGGACGCCAAAUACGAAUACCAACAGGAGUAUUCACGCCUGGCGCGCCUCAUCAAUUGCAUCGGAAUGCGCGUGGCCAUAGACACCAGGUCCACCAGUUUGGACGAAGAGAAACUAAAGCAGACCCUAAAAAUGAUCAACAACCUGCGAACGAGGAUAGCCAGUGAUUUGCGUCCCGCCAGCCUGGACGCGAGUGUUGUGGUGCAUUGUCAACAGCAGCUGGACACUGUCCACAAGCCGCGCUUUCAGCUCAGCCGGCAGAAGCGGGAGUUUGCAGAGAUUCAGAAGGCGCUGCAGGAGUUGCGCACCUCGGUGGAUGCUCUGGAGAACGGACUGGAGCUGCACACAAUGCAGGCGAUGGACCAAAUGGUGACCGAACUGUUGCCAGCACGAAGAAGCGAUGAGUAGUGGUCGAGGAGGAGUUUUUAUUUUACACAUUUAUUAUACCCUGCAUUUACACAAUUAUAAAGAACGAAGUCUGCAAAUGU